UGCAGGACCAAUGUUGGAACUGCAUGAUUCAGAUAUGUUAAGAAAUAUUAUUUAUGAGUCAUAACUCAUAACCAAAUAUCAAAACCAUACACAAUUGCAAACAAUCCUAGUACUAUGUGGUGACACAAUAAAGUAAAUAUUGUCAAGACAUUUCCAUCUCUCGACCCUGUAAAAACAAUGUUGUGAAAAGAAUGAGUGUCUGUCAAAUGGAGGUCAUGAACACGCCCGACUGUAUGUUUUCCAUUAAUAUUUAAGUAUAUUAUCCCUGUCUCAUGUUGCCCGUUUUGUCUGGCAGCCAUCUCCCAUCUGUCAUCACUCAGGAAGGAGAGUGAGUCGGUCCCUUGAAAGACAGAGCAAGGCGAAGAAAGAGGUGACAAAAGACGACGACAACACCAUCAACUAAAUUGACAAGUUGCAUUGUGCAAAAGACAAGAUCUUCAAUCCAAAACUGAUUGAUUUUCUCAACCAAACAGCAGAGUCUUUGUUGGUGAUGCCACGUGAACGACUGCCCCUCAUUGGUUCAUCUGGGAGUAAAACAGUCAAGACUCAGAGGACCAAUGGCAGAAAGCGCAGCCAGAAGCAGACACCCUCAGCCCGUAUUGGACCACCUUCUGACUCCACCAUGACACCCUGGAGAGGCCCGCUUCUCUCCGACUCCUCCUUUGCGUCCGUUUUGGCGCCCCCUUCUCCGACACCCCCUCCGUCUCCGCCCUUUCACAGCAAAGAGUUAACUCUAAGUUUCAACUCGCAAUCUUCCUCCCCCACCACUCGCGCAGACAGCACAGAUGGAGAACUACCCAGGAAGCCUAAGCUGCCCACCCAAGCUAGAGCCCCUCAGCUGCUCCGUCUGCCUCCACUGCAUCCCAUCACCAACCUGAGCUUCUCUCGCAGCUUCACCUUCUCUUUCUUUGAGCUUCCUCUGCAUCAGUCGCCUCCAUUGCGUUCUGAACGUAUGCGAAACCUCAUGGCGCUUUUGAGAGACACACAUUACUAAAGGUGGCGCUGUUAUUUAUGAAGG